AUGACGACUAUUACCUCACAGCUGCUCCUGCAGCAGAACGACACGUGCAACCGGGCGGUGAUUAAAUUCCUACACGACAAUGAAAAAUUCAAGCUUCUGUGCGUGAGUGAGGGAACCUCAAUUAUUGCGCGUGAUAAAGAGGACUCCGUAAAGUUGGAGAAAGGAAUAGAAAUUGCGGUGGAGCGAGGGACUCUUCGCAAAAGUAGAGACCCGCCGCCUGCACCGCGACGUCGUAUCGACAUGUCAGCAAAGACAACACAAGAUGCGGUUAACGAGAUAAUGGUGGAACUCCCCGAUAAGGAAGGUAAAAUCAUUAUUGUGCAGGGACUUUCCGGCACGGGGAAGGGGACAACGGUGCGGCUGCUGCAGCAAACGCUUCCCCGUUGCGUCACAUGGAGUAACGGCAACGUCUUCCGAAGUUACACGCACCUUCUGUUGGAGGAAUUAAAGGGAGACCUUUCCCCGGAGUUGUUGACUUCGGAAGUGAUUCAGCGUGUUUACUCACAGGUUACAUUUGAAGACUUGGGUAAUGGCGUAUAUGAUAUCGUCCUUAAGGGGAAGCUACAGGUACGAAACAUCGAGAACACGCUGUUAAAGUCUCCUGCUGUGAACAAUGCUGUACCGACUGUAGCCCAACAAAUGCAAGGUGAAGUUGUCUGCUUUGCGGCAACUGCUGUGGAGAAACUGCGAUGUGCCGGAUAUAAUGUCAUUUUGGAGGGCCGUUCGCAGACUCUUGAUUUUAUUCCGACGCCGCUGCGGUUCGAGUUGGUGCUGGGGGACCCCGUCGUGUUGGGUGAGCGCCGUGCCGCCCAGCGUGUGAUGGCAGCUGCGCUGGAAGAGUUGAAGGAUCGCAUUGAUACCGCCACGACGGCAGAUGUCGAAACUUCUCUGCGCAGAGCUGUGAUAUUACUUACUGGUGGGUUGUAA